CGAAUAUUUAUCACUAUCCAAUCAGGGAGUGAUCUGUGUGUUAUACAGCCAAUGAGGUAACAGGGGAUAAGUGUCUCGAGCGAUUACAUUAAGUAAAUCUCUAUGUUUUGUGUUAUUUUAAAAGUUAGCAUCUCUCGUUCGUGCCUUUAAUCAGUAUGGCUUCAUCAGCUGAAUGCAAUUUCACAGCUUCCUUUCUUCAAGACAUAGGGCUGUCACAAUUAUAUGAAAGCAGGUUUUUAUCGCAAGGGUUCGAAAACUUCAUAGAUAUGGUUUUAAUUGACGGUAAAGACUUGGAUAUUUUAGAUGUCACACAAGAGCACAAGGACAAAAUACUAAAAGCCGUUGAUGAUCUGAGUGUAGAUAUGGUAUUAAAGGCUUAUAACCUGGAAAGCCACACCAAAAACUUUCAUAAACAAAACAUUAACACUGUAAAGGAUCUAAAAAAUACGAAAAUAGAAGAUUCAUUGCUUGAAAAACUGGAUAUAAAGUCUGCAGGACACAGGAAGAGGUUGAGCAUCUGUGUCCAGCUACUUCAAGCAAACAGAAAUAGGGAAACGGAGAUCUCGAAGCCACAAGAACAACUACCCUCACUGUCCCAAGCCACAAUGCCAUCUUGGCAUCCUGAUGCUGUGGCAAUAGGCUACUGGAAUAGGCCUUCCAUUCUCCCCAAAUUGUCUCACGAUUUCCUUUGCGUCAAAGGAUACUUAAAGUCAGGACUAGAAGAUUCAAAUGAGUCAGAGUGUCUGGAGUUCCUGGUGGACAGUGCCAGUGAUGUGGUAACGGCCAGAGAGGAAAUCAUCGAAAAACUGGGAUUUAAUUUCCUCCAACAUGUCGAGAGUCACGGGGUUCACACCAUAGCUGACAAACCUUUAUAUUCGGGAUAUAUAAGACUGGGAAGAAGUGCCUGGAUUAAGGUUGAGGUUCAGCCUGAGAAAUACGAAAGCGUCGGAUCGACAGUAAUGAAGGAGUUUUUUCAUUUCAUCAAUGGGAAUUUUCACCAGUGGAUCCCCAACUUUCACAGCCACAUCACAGAAACACCACCUAUAGGGAGAGAGUAGUUGACAAUAGUUGAAAAUAGCUUCUUCAACAAAUGCAUGCAAAAUUGUGUAUUAUUUAUAGGAACCGUUUAUAAUUUAAGGAUAUUGGGGUGCUAUGUGGUUUUUGUUUUGUCAAGCAACAGUCAGGGGGGAGAGUUAUUGUAAAUAAUUUUUAAUACUGUAACCAUUGAUUGUAUAUAUUCUGUCAUUCUGUUGGGGAAAAAAAAAAAGGUUUCAUCAGAGUGGAAAUAUGAAUAGAGUGCAUAUCAUAAUUAUAUUCGGGAAAAAGUUAACUAACAAAUUCGGUACAAUUUAUUGCACUUAAAGUUCUUCGUUCUACAAAAUUAGUAAGAGGUUUAGUAGAUCUCAGUAUACCCUGAACCACUUACUGAAUUUCGUGCAAAGUUUCACGAAAGCUAACGAAAUAGUGUUUUUUUUUUAAAAACUCAGAAUCCACAUAUAGCCCCUCAAUCCAUAAAUUAUAAUCGGUUCCUAGGGAUCUUUCAUUCUCAUUAGUAGAAAGAGAGGGAGAGUGAGAAAAUGACUGAGAUGAAGUUAAAAAUGUGCCAUUCAUUGAGGGAAGGAGGUGGAUGUUAAACAACGUGCCAUUCCCUAAAGAAUAAGAUUGUUUGAGUGGUAUCCAUAUCCUUGUGUCUUUUCAUGCACGACCGUUAAACAAAGAAAUGAUACUCUUGAGAAUGACACGUGGUUUAAAAUGGGAAAACAUUACGCCCAAGCUAAUGAAAAGGUUUAUUGGGGUUCCAAAAUUUUAAUCUUUUUCUCCACCCUCCCAUAAGGAAUGAACGGUCCCUAAAAAUGAAUGGUUUUUAUAAUAAAAUUUUCACUUAAUUCUUAUUAUGAAUUUUUACGAACAUUCAUAUACACUUAUUUCAAUAAAGUUAGUCACCAAAAAACCUAGAAAGCUGAGAUCACUGAGGAUCAUG